AUGCGAUUUAAAAACAAUACAUUCAACUGCAAGAUAUCAGGGAAACAUUCCGCCUGUCUUAACAAAACAAAUGUCUGUAACGGCGUCCCUGACUGUCUAAAUGGCUUCGAUGAAAGUAACUGCCCUGAAAGAAACCGAUUCUAUAUCCGAAAAGAUGCUGGAAACAUUAAUUCCAUGAACAUAUUCAACCAAAACAAUCCAAUCGAAAAUGGAAUAAUCUACCAAUGGACCAUUGAAGGAAAACUUGGUUCGCUGUUACAGUUGUCGCUCAACGUAACGGAUGCUUUAAAUGAUCUAUCUGUCUUAGAAAUAUGGUUGGGAGGCCCAACUCUUCAAGACAGUUAUCGGUAUGGAACUUACACUGAGUCUUUAACGGAACCAGAGAUUAUAACGAGUAAUAACAACUUUGCCAUAAUCAGAUUCGCCGUGCAGGAAAAUAUUAAGCAAGAUACCUUAAUAAUCACCUGGUCGUCAGAUCCGCGUUGUUAUUGGAAACGCGUGCCGUACCAUCCCGAGGUCAAUGUCGACUACGAUGAUACAAUUACUCUCAAUUCGGCCGAUAACAUCACCUUCUGUCUUGAAAAAUGUAAUUCCAACUGUUCUGCUGUAACCUUUAAUAAGUUUGAAACUGUAUGCCAUUUAUUCGAGUUGGCACCCCUGCCUUAUAAGUCCAGCUGCUGUGAGAGUUAUGUAAAGAUUUGCCCGGAAAAACCAAAAUAUUUACAGGAAAUGAUAGUAACGGAUACGUUCCAGGAGGUCCAUUCAACAACAUAUCCUUUUGAAUAUUGGGAAAAUAUACACCACAGCUGGAUUUUAACGGCACCACCCUGGGAAAUCAUCACUUUACAGUUUUUGGAUGUUGAUAUUGAUCCACAAUCUUCAAUAAUCGUCUACAACGGCAGGAACAGCACUUAUGGUAUUUUAGCAAAGUUGGUCAGCGGAUCAAUGCCUAUCGUUUUGUUCUCUUCCGGAAAUACUUUGUCUAUUCAAUUCAUGACUGGGCCCCGACCUGUUAUUCGCAGAGGUUUCUUUGCUAGAUAUAGAUUGGGAUGCAAUAUUUAUACAAGUACAAACUUUAUUCAACUUCAGUCACCAGGCUAUGAUGUAUCAGGGUCAUAUCUGCCGUUACUUAAUUGCAUGUGGGAGAUUCGUUCUAUAAACUACCCACCAGCAAUGAGUUUAAAAUUCGAUCCCAAAUUCGGUUUAAAAAUGAACCAGAACUUUUUAAAGAUAUAUAACGGGACAAUGCUUAACGAUACUGCGCAAUUUACUGGAAAAGGUAUCACGGGAAACCUGACUCCUGAAGACAUGCAAUCAUUUUCGGGGAUAUUUAAUCUACAGUUUGUAACCAAUUCCAUUGUUUCUGAUAUUGGAUUCCGUGCCACUUUUUCUGCAAGGAAUUACUGUGGUUUCUUACCGGACUUGGCCUAUGGGUAUUGGGAAAACGUGACUGGAUUCUACAGUGGCGAUAGCGCAACGUAUAAAUGCCGUGAGAACUACGAAUAUGCUGCCAAUGAUACUGUUCAUUGCACGGGUGAUGGGUUCUGGAAGCCGUUUCCCGCAUGCAGACUUAAAACAUGCCCACCCAUUUAUGACCUAGCAGAUGGCUACUGGGUUAAGCUAAACGAUUCUUACAGGGCAAUGUGCAAUGAAUACAGACAUCUUAAUGGCGAUCCUCUCGUGGUAUGUUGGGACGGAAAAUGGCAAGAAGUAAAAUGUGAAAAAAUCCCUUGCAAAUAUUUUUACAUGCCAAAAUAUGCCGAGCGAAUAACCCCGGAAAAUGUCACUUAUUACUUGGCGAACUCCCAUUUGCGAAGGUAA